GGAAGCGCGUGGCCUUGGUCAUGUCACUUAAUCACCGCUCGUCGCUGAUGGUGGCAAAGCCAGAUGGGACACGGGGGUUUCUUUGGGAAUUGGCUUUGCUGCUCCGUGCUGGGCGGGCUCAGAUCCUGGCAAUCCCGGCUGGCACCGAUGGCUGAACCCUCCCAAGAUAGGGACAGGGGUGAGACAGCACCCCAAAAACAGCCAGGAAGGAAAACCAGAGCAGGACAUCCUCCCAAUUCCAGUGAUGCUCAGAUAAGGAGCGUCCUGCUCAGGGGACAGCUGGCGACGUGCUGCCCUGCCAUGUCCACCUGCUAAAAUAAGCCCCAGCUGGGACUCGUGCCAUGAGAUAGCCUGGAAAAAAUUAAGCCGGGGGCAUGCCCGAUCUGUUUUGGGGGUGAGGAGGCAGACAGGCUCCUUUCCCGAAAAGGAUAAUUUUGGCAGGAAGAUCGGGAACACGCCGCUGCCGGUGCCGCCAUGAGGGCUGUGCUCUGGGACCUGCUGCUGCUCUGCCUCUUCGCCCGGGCGCGGGGCGACUGCCGGGGGGACUGCCUGCGCUGCGACCGCCACCUCUACCGCGACAGCUUCGACGUCCUCGUCUGCAUCCUGGAGUGCGAAGGCGAAGCCGUGCCGCGGGCCACCUGGGAGCUGUGCGCUGCUGCCGGCCGAGCCGCCCCGCGGCCCCGCGACCUCCAGGCCGCCGGCGAUCCGUGGCCCGGCGCGGUGGGGGCGAACCCGCUGCAGGUAAGCGAGGUGCUGCGGCCGGGGGCAACCGAAGACGAAGGCGUCGAAGAGGCGCCGGGCGCCUUCCCGCAGCCACCCGAGGACAUUUCCCGACGGCUGGGCGGUUUCCCGCGGGGGACGCGCGGUUCCAGGCCGGCGCCGACGGCCAGGGGGGUGCAGAAGCGAUACGGGGGCUUCAUCGGGGUCCGCAAGUCGGCGAGGAAGUGGAACAACCAGAAGAGGUUUAGCGAGUUCCUGAAGCAGUACCUGGGCAUGUCGCCCCGCUCCACGUUCCGGCACCGCAUCCCAGCACCUUCCGCCAGGCACAGGCAAAAUUAACCCUGCUCCUGUCCGCCCCAGCCGCCUCCAUCCUCUCUCUGACGGACCCCAAAGCGCUUCAGACUUGCACGCGUUCAGAAAUCACUUUGCUCUUCACUCACUAAAGCCAGAUUUAAACCAAGACCCGACGAAUUUCGGCCUCCUCCGGCGACGGGAGCGCGAUGCUGCGGAUGGGGGGGGAGAGGACAGUGGGGAAAUCUAAACAAAA